UUGACAGAAGUACUGUCAAUACUGUCAAUUAAAAUGAACAGCUGUCCACUUUUUGAAAAUAUCUAAUUUAUUAUGUGGCGUAAUAAGGUUUAGUAUUUAAUGUUUAUACCAUUGCGAAUCUUCAAAUGUAUGUAACAUUUUCAUAUAUAUAAAUUAGUGGUGCAGUGGUCUGGGCAAGUAUGUCGCUUCCUCCUCUUGUUUGCAACACUCCUCCACCACCCGAUCAGUGUGAAGAUGACAAAGACCCUGAAGAUUUUGAUAUGAAUUACAAUUUAUCACAGGAUGAUGAUGAAGAUAGUAAUAGUUAUGAUUAUCAAACAUAUUCAAAUUAUAAUAUGUAUGAUACAAAUAAGCCAGUAAAUAUUGAAGACAGUGCCUGGUCUAUAAAUAUUGCUAAUAAUUUGAAUAGUGUCUUAACAGAACAGAUUUCUACAGUGGAAGAUAAAAAGACUGAGCACAUAACACCUAUCAUAAAUGAUUUAAAUGAUAAAUUAACUUUGGAAGAUGUUGCUGUUGAAGAUUUGAAUUUAGAAAUAAGUCAAGAACAACUAAAUCCUCAAAUCAUUAAUGAAAAUAGUGAUGCUGAUAGCAGUGAUUAUAAUUAUUCACCAGAUGAAAAAGUUUCCGGUGAAAAAUCAAUUACCAAUUGUGAUAUUGUUGAAACAGAUAUUGUAAUAAUACAAAGUGACAAUAUUUGUACAACAGAAACACCAGAAAACUCUUCAGCUAAUGAUGUUGAAGAUUCAGAACAAAUGUCUAAAACAUAUGACCUACGGGAUGAUGAGUUUAAUGAUUUUCACUCAAAUUUGGAUGCAAAGAGUAAAGAAGCAGAGGUUCAAAUUCAAUCAGAAAAUGAACUCAAUAUAGAAAAUGAAAUAGAAAACUUAGAAGGGAAUGUAGCAGUUGAUGAUUUUGGUGAUUUUGAUGAAUUCCAGUUUGCUAACAAUGACAAUGUUUCAACUGUUGUUGAAAAUGUUGAAAAUCCAUGGACAAAUGAAACUCCAAGCAAUGAUUUUGGUGACUUCAAAGCAAACUUUGAUGAUAAUCAUGAAGUUUUACAUGUAGAUGAUAAAAAUUUAGAUGUUAUCAAUGAUCACAAAGAUAUUUGUGUAACCAAUGAAAUUAAUGAUGAUGGUGAUGAUUUUGGAGAUUUCGAUGAUUUUAAAUCCUGUACAAAAUCUGCUGUGAAAGAUGAUUCUGAUACUCAAAUAGAUCAACAUGUACCUGUAAUAGAUUUCCAUUCAUCUGAAAACGAAAAUCAAGUAUUAGAAAGUAUUAACAAUAUUUUUUCUACAAUAUUCGAAGAAGAGAUAUCAGAACCUGAAUCUGAGUUUAUUGGAAGAUUAGAAUCAGUUCUUAAUGAGACUUGGGGCCAUUUAGUUGACACAGAUGUAAGGCAACCCUAUAUGGUGAAUUGGAAUAAUUCAUUAGGACAGAAAAGUCUGCUGAAAGCGCUUUGUAUAGAUUCAAGAAAUAUCUUAUUUGGACCUAAAUGGAAUUACAAUAUGCCAAAAUAUGCAGUUAAUCUGAGUGCGGCACCCCUUCAGCCACAGAAGCAAGUGUCAACUUUACCUAAUGUGGAAAAUCCUUCUGAAAAAUCUAUAAAUAAAGAAAGUGAUACUUGGGUGGACCCUUUCUCAUCAAAUGGACAAGAAUUCACAUACGCUGAGACCCUCCUACUAGACCUUGAACACCUAAUGGCUACCUUAGAUCAAAUGGCUCACAAACAUUCCACACUCAAAAUUUCAGAAUUACUCUCACAUGCUUGCAACAACACUGAAAACGAUGUCUCGACUACGGAAACAACUACAACUGAUUUGGAAGUUUUUGAAAAAGUCAUGUCUGCGAAACUGGAUAAAGUGUAUCCAACAUCAUUAAAUGUUCAGCCUUUACGUCAAAUCAGUUUACCAGAUACACAUAUAUUCACACCAUCGGACUCGGAAACACCGAGAUCCAAAACUAUACACUACGAUACUGUCGCACCAGUUUUAUUAAAUCAGCCUGUCACCAAUGUGUCUCCAUCAGUAAUCACAGCUGAUGAAACCUCUCCUAAAUUAGAAGACGACGAUUAUUGGGAAUUUCAGGAUUUCAAAAGUACAACAGAAAAUGUUCAACCACCAAAAGAAGAUUCCAAUUCUAAUACAGUGUCAGAUGAAAGUAAUGCAGGGAAUUCUAAAAAUUUAAUACCAACUGGUGCCUCUUAUCAACCGCAAUUAUUACAGCCUAUAAAACUCGAGCCACUCGUGCCUACAUUAAAUUGGCCGGACCCUGGUGAAGUUAAAGAAACGUUUGACGAUUUCUCAGAUUUCGUUUCCAAUGCAACGUGGGAAAGUGACAAAAAUAAUACACCAAUAAUAAAAGAAAACAAAUCUGAAGAAAAACCAAUAGUUUUAAAUAAACAAAAUGAUUCGUCCUUUAUAGAAACAAACUCUAAUUUAGAGGUCAAUGAUGAUGAAUUUGAAACAUUUCAAUCCGCACCGACUGUGCCUCAAAGUGUUAAUUCGAAACCUUUCGAAGAUAGUAGCCAAAUAACAUAUCAAGCAUCUUCUAGCAAAUCAAAUUUUGAUAACGCCUUUUCUGAUUUCGGUAAAAUUAAUCAAAACGAAAUAACAAAGCCACAUGAUGUGUUUGUUAAGAACGUCCCACAUUUUCCGACUGAAAAUUAUAAUAACAGCAUGUUAAACGUACGGGACAGUUUUGUCAAUAAUUCACCUAUACAUUCCGUGGAUACGCCGAAUAUUUUACAACCUGUACCGGCUACAAGCAGUUCACGAAACAAUACAGCUCAGAUUUUACAACCUCUAUCAUUGGAGAGUUACUCACAAAUCAAUUGGCCUAAUCCUGGAAUAGAUUUACAGGAUUUAUCACGAUUUAAUCCAGUGGAAACCGUUCCGUCUUUGAAAAGUGAUAUAAGUUCCAACAGUCAAAGUAAAGUUAAUUCACCAGCUCAUACCGAUAAGAACUCAGUUCGUAAUGAAGUGUUAGACGAUGAUAUUUGGGGGGAAUUCGUAUCCAGUAAGCCUAAACCAUCGACAAAGAAACCACCGAUCUUCGGCGACGAAGAAGAAUGGACGGAGUUUGUUUCUAGUACUAGUAUCAAACCUCAAAAUGGAUUAAAUACGAUAAGUUUAAACGUUCACACGAAUCUGAGCUUACAGAAAUCAUCGAAUUUGAAUAAAUUAAAUGUAAAAAACAAUCAAAUAUCUCUAGACAUUCCAACAUUAAAUUAUAUAACACCUAAAUCGAGUCGUAAGACUUACAAUGAUAAACAUUUCCAAAAUUUAUAACGCCAACAUAUACAUAAAAUCUUUAAAUAUGUACUUAAUUAGAAAUGUAAUAAGUAUUAUGUAAAUAGGGUGGUGGUUUUAGAUUGUAAUAUUUAUAUUGUUAUAUAAAAUGAAUCCAGGUAUAUAAUGUAUCAAUAUUUAUAAAACAUAGGAUAUUAUGUAAGGUAAAUAGCUCUAAUAGGAUUCAAGAUGCGAAUAUAAUAGAAAGAAAAUGUAGUUAUAGCAGAUGCGUUUUUGAAUUUAUAUGGAAUUCAACUUUUUACUGUUUUAUUAGCAUUUAAAUGUAGCAAAUUUAUAUUUUGU